AUGGCUCAGCGACUUCUCCUGAGGAGGUUCUUGACCUCAGUCAUCUCCAGGAAGCCUCCUCAGGGUAUGUGGACUUCCCUUACCUCUAGGGCCCUGCAGACUCCUCCGUACAAUGCUGGUGGUCUAAUAGAAAUGCCCGGCCCAGCUCGGACAAUACACACCACCAGAUUCUGUUCAACAACUUUUAAUGUCCAGGAUGGACCUGACUUUCAAGACAGAGUCGUCAACAGUGAGACACCAGUUGUUGUCGAUUUUUUCGCACAAUGGUGUGGCCCCUGCAAGAUCCUAGGACCACGGUUAGAGAAGAUGAUAGCAAAACAACAAGGAAAGGUGGUGAUGGCUAAGGUGGACAUUGAUGAUCACACAGACCUUGCCAUUGAAUACAAGGUGUCAGCUGUGCCUACCGUGCUGGCCAUCAAGAACGGGGACGUGGUAGACAAGUUUGUGGGGAUCAAGGACGAGGACCAGCUAGAAGCCUUCCUGAAGAAGCUGAUUGGCUGACA